GCGGGGGAGCGAGACAUUGGCCAUCACGAAGGUACGCAGGUACGCAGACACGACAGCAAACGCAGCAAACGUCGAGCAAGAGCUCCACGGCCACGUCGGCCGGCCCCGCGCCGGCCUCCUACCUACAUACGUACGCGCCCUAUGCAAGUAGUCAUGCAACCAGCACGCGAGGGUAACACGGCAGCUACAGUCGAAAGCUCAACUCGGCUCAGCUCAGCCCUGCUCAGCUCAGCUCAGAAAGAAGCAAAAGCAAAAGCAAAAGCAGCACAGCACAGCUCAAGCCAGCUACAGCGCUCCAUCAGUCGGUCCGACGACGACAAACACUCUACCCUUCCAGCGGAGGAAAUCCGCCGGAGAAACGGGCGGCGGCGGCGGCGGGUCUGGUCCGGUCUGGUCCGGAUGGAUGGAUGGAUGGAUGGAGGAAGAAGGCCAGGUAGCUAGGUAGGUAAGUAGGUAGCCCAGCAACAACGGCAGCCGGAUAGAUCAGAUGUGAGGUGGAGUAUGAGGGGUGAGGAAGGAUGGGUGUAGCU